AAACAAAAGACCACAUACCCAAUUGACAAAUGCUUAAGAUCAUAGUUAACUCAAAAGCUUUGCCCGCGUCAAAUCAAACAAAAUGAUUUUCUGUACACAAGUAGAACCAGACGAACGGAGCUCGACUCUCCGUAACAUGGACAACUAUCAAAGGCAACAACUAUCAAAGGCAAGGCAUGCCCAUCUCUUAGAAAAUUGCAUUAAUAAGGUGAUGAUGACAUUUUACUUUUCUGCUUGAAAAACCUUUAUUUUAUCUGGUUCCAUGUUCACGUUCUGUACAUUCCUGAACAAGCAGACCUUGUUGGCCACUACUGCUUGGCCACCCGAAAAACUUUCAGAAGGGGCUUGAAGGCUUUAGUGGUCUCACUGUUUUCUAUACCGAUCACAAUGAAGGGUGAGUGCAGGAUCGAAGCUUUGAUGCCUCAAUCACAGUUUGUUACUCGUUUUUAAGGGCAUGGGUAGGUGGGUCUCAACAAUUUCCAACCUCCACCACAAGGCUACAUUUGGGUUAUCACAGUUUGCAGUAGAUUGCUUAGAUUUUAAUUUCCUUGGUCCUUCUUUUGAGCCUGGUUACCAUGUCAGCUGCUGCAAGGGAUACCGCCCUGCAAAUAGAGGAAGAGAAAGAGGAUGUUGUGGGAACCAAAUGUGCUUGCCUUUUAAUACUGCUUUUCCCCUGUUUGGUCCUUAUAAUCCUCUCUCUCAUAGUUGUUUCGUUUGUGCUCAUUUUCAAGCUGCACUUCCUUUGCCGAACACCCCUGCACAAAAUAGAGAGAAAUUUCGGCAGAAAACAAUGCUAAUUUGGAGUUUAAGGCUUGAAUUUGGGACAGCCCAUUUAAAUUAUGCAUCGAAAACUAUUAGAAGGUUGAGGUCUGUUUUUGAGUCACUUUGUAGAAAUUAUUCCUCUAUGGGUGCUGUCGCUGGUCUCAAACCUAUGCCAAAGAUGGUGGUAUUGGAGACAGACGAUACCAACGAUGAGAGCGAAGCAGAUCAUGGUGAUGAAACUAGUGAGGAGGAAUAUAGAGACAAUCAGGAAGAGUGUGAGGAUUCCGGAAAAUCUGUUGAUUUUGGAGAAUUUGAGAGAGUCUAUAAAGUGGUUGAGGAGUUGUUUGCAUCAUAUCAUAAUAUGGAAGCGGCUCUUGACCGAUGUGGGGUUAGUCUUUCCCAUACUUUAGUAUAUCAUGUAUUGGUUAGAUUUUCGAAUGCCAGAAAGCCUGCUUUCAGGUUCUUCCGAUGGGCAGGGCAGCAGGUGGGAUUUUCACACAAUUCUCUGACGUAUAACAUGAUGAUGAGGAUUUCGGGUAGAGCAAAGCAGUUUACGAGUAUGUGUGAAUUGUUGGAUGAGAUGUGUAAGAAUGGAUCUGUGUUGACAAUUGAGACCUUUGAGAUUGCAAUUAAAGCAUUUGUAGCUGGUCGGGAGAUGAAGAAAGCUGUGCAGAUGUUCACUUUGAUGGAAAAGCACAACUUGAAGGCCAAUAUUGACAAUUUUAAUACUAUACUGGAUGCAUUGGGUCGAGCGAAACUUGUAAAGGAAGCCCAAAUGCUGUUUGAAACAAUGAGAGAAAUGUUUCCCCCCGAUGCAAAAACAUAUACUGUGCUUCUAUCAGGAUGGUGCAAAGUGAGGAAACUGAUAGAGGCGGGUAAAUUGUGGAAUGAGAUGGUGGAUGGAGGAUUCGUACCAGAUCUUGCUACCCACAACAUAAUGCUGGAAGGCCUUUUUAAGGGAAAAAGGACACGUGAGGCUGUUAAACUCUUUACCCUCAUGAAAACGAAUGGUCCUUUGCCUAAUGCUAUGAGCUACACUAUUGUAAUUUGUGCCCUUAGUAAAUUGCAAAAAAUGGACGGAGCUAUGAAAUUCUUUAUGGAAAUGCAGGAAAAUGGCUGCUCGCUAGAUGCCACUGUUUACACUUGUUUGAUCACAGGCUAUGGCACUACGAAUGAGUUGGAUCGGGCUUAUGAGUUGCUACAGGAAAUGAAAAACAAAGGAAUUCCUCAUGACUGCCGGAUCUACAAUGCUCUGAUUAAAGUUGUGGUGAAUCUUAGGAAACCAGAUGAAGCCACUAAGUUCUUUGAUGAGAUGAUACAAUGUGGCAUUGAGCCUACUAUUCACACAUACAACAUGCUCAUGGAAUUAUAUUUCAGCACCAAGAAAUUUGAGAUGGGCUUGAAUGUAUGGAAUCAGAUGGCUCAAAAUGGUUGCAGUCCUGAUGUUAAUUCAUACACCGUGUUUAUUGGAGGGCUUAUCAGGGAAGGCAGAUCACAGGAAGCUUGCACCUAUAUAGAAAGCAUGAUUGAGAAAGGCAUGAAGGCUCCCCAUUUUGAUUACAAUAAAUUCCUGGCCGAUUUUUCAAGAGCAGGCAGACCUGAUAUAUUUGAAGAGCUUGCACAAAAAAUGAAAUAUGCAGGCAAGUUGGGUGUUGCGAAUAUGUUCAUCAAGUUCUCACAGAAGACAAAAAAGAGGAUGAAAAGAAGGCACAUUCCAUCUGUUGGGCCUGUGCUCUCUCGGUAACUUUGGUUGCUGCUCAGUGCAAUUUCCCAAAUUCCAUAUACCCUCUCGGUGCAGCUUCAUUCCAAGAAUGCAUUGUGAAGCAAGAGAGAAGGCUCAAAUAUUUGCUGUUUUUCCAAGUGAUGGUGUUGAGGGCAACAAUGUGCUUUUCAAGCUUGUAUGACUAUGCAAAGGAAAAUUCGGGUCUUUUGAAGGCAGGCUUGGAGACGGUGGAGCAGACUGUCAAGACUGUUGUGGAGCCUGUUUAUCUCAAGAUCUAGGGGAUACCCUCUGAGCUUCUCUACUUUGUUGACAAGGUUUUAAUAUCAUUUUCUUUAUGUCAUGCCUCAUCUUUCUAUUAAGUUUAUCUCUCAUUUUGGUGCGACUUAAUUUGAACGAUAUUAUCUACUUGGGCACUGACCAAAGGGGCAUUGAUAUGUUGAAUGCAAGAUCGCCUUUUUAAAGAAUAUUAUGGUUUAUUAGGUUGUUUUUUUCCCAUGGAAUAUUAAUAAGCAGAAAAUUUGAAUCAA